AUGCGCCUCAUCAACACAAACAGUCUUGUCAUUGAGACCUUCAGUGCCGAAAAAACACCGCAGUAUGCAGUUCUCUCUCAUGCUUGGGAGGAAAACAAUGAAGUCAGCCUCCAGGAGUGGAUCGCCAGCGACACUUGUCCUGGGGUGCGGGAGAAAUCCGGCUACCUGAAGAUCAUCAAUGCCUGCAGUAAGGCGCGAGAUGACGGAUUGGAGUACCUCUGGGUCGAUACCAACUGCAUCGAUAAGACUAGCAGUGCAGAGCUCUCGGAAGCCAUCAAGUCCAUGUUCGCAUGGUAUGAGCGCGCGGCCGUUUGCAUCACCUACCUCGCUGACGUCGAAUGGGAGGGUAACUUGACUGAUCAGAUCCACGCACAUAAGAGCUUCCAGUUCCGGAACAGUCGCUGGUUCACUCGGGGAUGGACGCUACAAUAA